GCCUUUAGUUGGCAACACUGGUUGUUAGUCGUGUCAUCUGGUGUCAUCGAAAUCGAACCAGCAAACGGGAAACGAGUUUAAAUUUACAUAAUAUGUAUUGGUGAUCAUUCAUAACAAUUUCGUUUUUCAUGUGAAUUUUUAAGUUUAAACCAUGGCAGGAUCUGCUUUGCGACGUCUUAUGGCUGAAUAUAAACAAUUAACUCUAAAUCCUCCAGAAGGUAUUAUUGCUGGUCCAAUAAAUGAGGAGAACUUUUUUGAGUGGGAGGCCUUAAUAACAGGACCAGAAGGGACAUGUUUUGAAGGGGGAAUUUUUCCUGCAAAAUUAAUAUUUCCACCUGAUUAUCCUUUAAGUCCCCCGAAAAUGCAGUUUAUAUGUGAAAUGUUCCAUCCUAAUAUAUAUGCUGAUGGGAGAGUUUGCAUUUCCAUUCUACAUGCUCCGGGUGAUGACCCGAUGGGCUAUGAAAGCAGUGCAGAGAGAUGGUCACCCGUACAGAGUGUAGAAAAAAUUCUUCUGUCAGUAGUCAGCAUGUUAGCAGAACCCAACGAUGAGAGUGGAGCAAAUGUUGAUGCUGCCAAAAUGUGGAGGGAGGAUCGCAAACAAUUCAAUAAAAUAGCGGAGAAACUCGUAAGAAAGACAUUAGGCCUCCCAUCUCCUUAGCAUUGGUACACAUUACAAAAUAUAAUCAGAUCGCCACACAUUAUUCAAACAAAUAUUAAAGUAUUAUUAUUAUGAUUUUGUGAUAACUAUUAAAAUGAUUUUAGUGCUACACAAACAGUGUUAUAAUAAAGCAAUUUUUAUAUGACCAAAUGAAUAUAUUAGAAAGUCAUCAUUAUAUUAAAAUGGUUAUUACCAUUCAUAUCAAUAAGACUUUUUUUGUUUAGAAGAUUUAAAGUAUUUUUAUACAAUUUUAUUGUCUUAUAUAGUGCCCUAUGUGGUAUGAUUAAAUAAUAAUUUGUUAUGUGAAUUAAACUGAAUUUAAAUACUAGUUAUACAUGUUAUAAAUAAUUGAUUUGGAAAUUGAAGUCGCUUUUAACAUAUGACUAUAAAUUUCGUAACAUCACAAAUAACAUAUUUGUUAUUUAAAUCGUUAAUUAUAAUAUUGCUGUAUUCUUAAUGUUUUAAAUUUUGGCUUUUAAGCUUCUAUGUAACUUUUCAGCAGUGUGUGCAUUGUUUUUUAAAUGCACGAUCCAUGAGCAAUAUAUUUGAUGAUUAGGAUUAUAUUAUAUAUUCUGUUUUUUAUGAACGGAUAUUGGCCUGUUGUGAUGUAAUGAAAACAUACUAUAUACUUUAAUAUAAUGUUAGUGAAAUGGGAACCGGUACUAGUAAAUGUUUAUUGUUAUUAAUUAUAAUAUAGAAGAAAAUAUAUUAUUGAAAAUGUACAAUCUUAUUUUAUAAUACAUAGCUUUUUCAUUAAAUUAAUAAAGUGUUUAAAUGUUUAGCAAUAUUUUUAAUGUGGGUAUUCACUGAAGGAACACAAAAAAGUAUAUGUAAAAAGGAAGAUAUGUUACACUUUAAAGCCACAUAUGAAAAUGUGGUUUAGAGUCAUGUCAAGUGUUUCGACAAUAAAAACCUAUGGUUACAAAUACUUUUUUGUCUUAACACUAAAGAUGAUAAUGUUAAUUAAAUAAAUUUUAAUAUUAAAUCUUAUGACUAUAAUAAUAAUAAUUAUAACAGAGUUAUUUGCAAAAUGAGUAAAUAGUAAAAGAUUAGUAAACAAUUGAAAAUAAAAUAAUUAUACAAUGUUGAUUUAAAUGAGCAAUGAUGUUAUUUGGAAAAUAAGUAAGUAGUCAUCAAUUUAGAGGAGUAUUGUCAUCACAAAGAUAUUUAAAAUCAGUUAAUAGACUUUUUUUCUCCUUCUUGAUUAAUUCAACGGGAAAAAUUUAAAUAUAUGUUUCUAAUACUUACUAAUUUUAUGGUACAUACCAUAAAAUCUUUUUGCCUUUUGUAUUAUUAAAAGCCUUUAUAGCAAAUUAAUAUAAGGCACUGUUUGCUUUUUAUAUAACUAAUUAAAAUUUUCUAGCAAUAAUUAAUUUAAUUCAGUCCGUAAAGUAGGCUGAGUAAAUUGUAACUAAUGGAAACACCACUUAAAGCAAUAUUUAAUUGAAGUUAUACUUACAUGUUAUGGUUCUAUACCUAUGUUCUUUUUGUAUUCUCGUAACUUUAAGAUUUGUGAUACGACAAAUAUUUACCUAUUUACCCCAAUGAGAUAAAAUGGCUUUUUAAUAGAAAUUAAAUUGUUUUGAAUGACUCAAAGUUGAUGUUAAUGCGUGAUGUUGGUACUGCCUUAAAGUUAGGAGAAUAAAAAAAGCACUAUUUUAUAUAACGGUGGAAAUAUUUUUUUAUUAAAAUGUCUUU